UUUUCACUUUACUUGAUUUCCUUUUAUGUGUUUAAUUGUUUUCAAUCUCUCCAUGUAUGAUCAAUUCAGAAAAUAUGAAUUGAUAAUUACCUUGUGACUGAAGUAAUACAUAAUAGAAAAAGACAAGAUCAUAGAGUCAAAGACAAGACCACCUCUCUCUCUAAUUUCCUCAGGUCCCUCUCCAAACCGUUUUGUACUCAGACCCAUCAACCAACCCCCCCCCUCUCUCUCUCUUCCCUGUAAUCUAAGCAAACCCCACAGCCAUCAUGAUCAUCAUUCCCACUCUAUGAAGCGUCCCAGGCCUCUCUCUCUCUUUCUUUCAUGUUCUACCAUUCUAUAAAGUCUUAACUAAUCAACAUCAAGCCAGUUGGGGAAAGAGAUACAGAUACCUUUCAGAGGAGAUAGGAGCCAAAGACUCUCAAAAUGAGGAAGCCAGAAGUUUGUGGGAAGAACAACAACAAGCUUAGAAAGGGACUGUGGUCACCAGAGGAAGAUGACAAGCUCAUGAACUACAUGUUAAACAAUGGACAAGGUUGUUGGAGUGAUGUAGCAAGAAAUGCUGGCUUGCAGAGGUGUGGCAAGAGUUGUCGGCUUCGCUGGAUCAAUUAUUUAAGACCUGACCUCAAGAGAGGUGCAUUUUCACCCCAGGAAGAAGAGCUCAUCAUCCAUCUGCAUUCCCUUCUUGGCAACAGGUGGUCUCAAAUUGCGGCUGGCUUGCCUGGACGGACAGACAAUGAAAUCAAGAAUUUUUGGAAUUCAACAAUAAAGAAAAGACUGAAGAAUCUGACAUCCUCCGCAGCCUCACCAAACACGAGUGAUUCUUACUCAGAGCCAAGCAAAGAAGUAGCAGCAGCAGCAGCAGCCGCCAUAGUGGGAGGAGGGUUCAUCUCCAUGCAAGAACAAGCCAUGAUGAAUCCCAUGUGUACAGACCCAUCAUUAUCAUCCGCAUCAUCAUCAAACACAUCCAUGCAAGCUAUGUUUCUGAACCAAAUGGACUCAUCACCUACCUUGGAUCAUGGCCUUAGCAUGUAUGGUGCAAAUGCAUACUUUAACAACAAUGCACCCCCAUGCAUGACUCCGAUAGGUAUAACUAGUGGUGAUGAUUUGCAUGGGAAUCAAGGAAUCCUUGGAGGUGUUAAUAUUGGGAUAGGUGGGGAACUUCACAUUCCUCCUUUAGAGAGUAUAAUCAUUGAAGAAAAUGCUAGAACUGAAGAUAUAGCGACGCAUGGUAACACCACGAAUAAUUACCCUUUUAGCAACGUAAAUAAAAUGAACAGCAACUGCAAUAAGGCAGAGAACAUGGCUGCUGGGAUUGGGAACUUAUGGCAAGGAGAAGACCUAAAAGUAGGGGACUGGGACUUGGAAGAGUUGAUGAAAGAUGUUUCCUCCUUUCCUUUUCUUGAUUUUUCCAAUUGAAUAAAUGGUUUUCCUCAUAUUUUUUUUUCUUCCUUCAAUUUUCAUAUAUGCCCUCCAUUUAUAGACAAAAUGAUAAACCUAUUGAAUUUUUAUGUCUCUA